CUCGGAGCAUCCGACCCCGACCGCGUGUCGCUUUAAGAACUCUACGUUGAGAAUCACGUGUGUCGUUGUAGGUCGAGAAGUUUGACAGAAGUUUGGAAAAAACCGCAAUCUCUAACGCAACUAGUUAAUUAUUAGCUUAAAGAACAUCCCUAGUGAGUUGGGGCCGAAAUCUUCGCCCAUAAAGUAUAUUCUGUUCGCUUUCACACAAGAUCGCUCUUUGGUGUAGUAUUCAGUAGUAUUUUCAGCAUAGACCACGGAGGCAAUGGAGGGAGUAGCUCAGAAAAUAACGUCUGGAUUCCGUCUCGACCUCGGACCUUUGAAGGAGCCAUUGGGAUUUAUUCGAGUUCUUGAAUGGAUCUUCUCCAUAUUCGCCUUCGCCACCGCCGGGGGCUACUCCGGGUCCACCAGCAUAAACGUGAAGUGCCUGGGUAGCCCCGACCACAAGGAGGUCACCGCCUACUUCGCCUACCCUUUCAGGCUGCCCAGCUACCCGUACCAGGUCCCCAGCUGCAAGAACGACAGCGGCGCCAGCACCGUGGAGACCUUCCUGACCGGGGACUUCUCCUCCUCGGCCGAGUUCUUCGUCUGCAUCGGCGUCUUCGGCUUCCUGUACUGCACCGCCACGCUGGUGAUCUACCUGGGCUACCAACAGCUGUACCGGGAGAACAGCCGGGGCCCCACCCUGGACCUGGCGCUGACGGGGGCCUUCGCCUUCCUGUGGCUGGUGUCCAGCUCGGCCUGGGGGAAGGGCCUGACGGAUAUCAAAUGGUUCACUAGCCCCUCCACCCUGGUGGGCCUCAUCGAUACCUGCCUGACCAACAGCUGCACCCCAGGGGCGGUCCCCUUUAUGGGCCGCCUCAACGCCUCAGUGAUUUUUGGAUUUCUGAACCUCAUCCUGUGGGGCGGAAACUGCUGGUUCAUUUUCAAGGAGACCCCCUUCCACAAGCCUGCCAACCCCCCGGCAACAGCCGAGGAAAGUGCCACUCAGUCUUAAUUGGACUGCGCUAGCCCCUCCCCCCCUCCUCUCAGGCCAAUCAAAGUAUCGCAGGAGUCCGAUUAUGUGGAGUCCGUUUCCUCUGACCUUACGGGGACGGAAGCAUCCGGAAGGGUUUUUACACCGUGCCUACAGUGACCAGGUUUACAUGCAGAGCGGCGGUCUGUCGUCAGGCAGAAUGUUCACAGAAUUCUGAAUAUAAAAAGACAUAUUCUGAAACUCUGUAUUCUGAUUAAUGCAAGGCGGGGAGAUUGGGAUGUUGCUUAUGUUAAAUAGUCCGGCUUGUGCAUAUGACUGAAAAUGGUGGUAUUCAGAAUUCUGUGCGUAUUCAGAAUGACUGUCCUGUGGUGUGUGUGUGUGUGUCCUCAUCACAACCAGUUUAGUAUAAUUCUACAUGAUGCUAGUAGCCGGCAAGCAAAAUACAUUGAAUUGCUAUUGUAACAUUUGGAAGGUUGGUGGCACAAAAAUAACACAAAAUUCUGAAUGGAGGAGGUGAACGGGCGAGCGAGUGUGUGUCACGUGAUCGAUGCAGUCCUCGAAUCAGCGCUCGAACGCAUUCGGAAUGCCGGUUGAGCAUCACGCUUUGCUACGGUCUAGCUGCUAUUCAAAUUGCAAAUCUUAGCAUUAGCAUUUCAGCCUUCCACAGUGUCUAACGCGGUUGUAGCGCUGUACAUGGAGAGCACACGUUGUCUCCAUCCCGAACACGUGCAUGUGCCCGCUACGUGCGUGUAAGCAGCCAACGUGGAAUUCUGUCGGAUUUCACAUAAUUCAGAAUCCUCUGGCACUCUGGAUGUGCGUGUGUGUGUUUGUGUAUGCGUGCAUCCGUAUGUGUGUAAACGUGGUCAUUGUGAACUCCUUACUAUGCAAAACGUGUGUUUUUGUUUUCAUACAGAAUAUCAGAUCCUUUAAAAAAAAGAAAUUUAAAUCUUAUUAAUUCAAAAAAGACCAAAAUCGAUUGAGAAAAAUACAAACUUUGUCAGGCACCAUUUCUGACGGAGUGAGCGCAUUUAAAUCAGGUCACCACAGUAGAAUUACAGUAAGCUCUAGUUAACAUUGGCCCAAGCUGUGUAAUGCACUGGUAAUACUGGUACUGUGUGCUCGUUUUGACGCUCUUCCUUACUGCUUCCUUCCUUGGAAAGCGUGCCAAGGUUACAGAAACGUUACAUUUCUCACCAGCUAAUAAGCAACGGAUCCAAACGCACCGCCGCUCUUCAGACACAACUUCUAACCCUCCUGGUUUGGGCUAUUUAUGAAAACUUUUUUUUCGGAAAUUAAACUUUUUUGGAAUACCAUUUUUACGUUCAUACGCGGUUAGGUCAGUGCAUUCUACAGGUCAUUUUCUCACCGAAAGCCCGGGACUGCCGUGCGUUUGCCGCAGGAACCGGUUGUGCUUCUGAGUUCGUUUAGCCACAUUUGUAAUUUUCUUGCAUCGGUUGUACCAGCCCGUGCCUCGCGUUUGCGGUGACGUGUCUAGAGUUGCGCCGGUGGGUGGAUGUGGAGUUCGUUACCCUGUUUUCAAGCUCAACAGAUGGAAAUUAGUGAAAGUACCGGAAGGUCGGUAUCCAGUGUUGUCAAAUUAACCUGACCAUGUGAAGGUUUUUUUUAUUUUCUUAUUUAAUUGUUUUGCAUCCUGCAUGGUUUUCUAUUUGUAACGAUAACAUGUGCCUUAAAUUAACAAAGCAAACCUUUAAUGGAAUACACCAGCCCAUAAACACUUAACGAGUGCCCUGUAGGUAAAAUUAACCGGUAUUAACGACUUUGCGCUUGUUGUAGUAACGUGCCAUUCAGUUAGGGUACUGAAACAUGAGAACAGCCUGAAGAAGUGUUUGAUACCAGCGGUCACUACUACUACCUCUGUACUGAAAGGGAAAGCAGAAUGUGUGCUCAUUAUUGUCCUCAUCAUAAUACAUUUCAUCGCCAUUAUUGCUUCGGUUUGCCCCCCCCCCCCGCACUUGUUUCAGUUCAUUCAUUUUUAAGUUGAAUGCUAACAGAAAAUGGAAAUCACAAGUCUGUCAUGUUCCUUGUUACAGAGGUUUUUUUUUCUUUGGAAUGUGACAGUGAGUUUUAUCUUUGUAUCUGUUUUCCAUAGUGAGCAGAAAGUAAAUAAGAGACCUUGAAUGAUCUGUACAUAUUCUGUAUUGUAAAAUAUUAAAAGAGGAGAGCUGGUAAUAUUAAAACGUGUGCUUUCUCUGUG